AUGGCCGCAUCACCAGAUAAGCCACCGUCUGCAGACAAGCCCCCGACAAUGCCGUCUGCUUUCCUCAUUCCGGAGCUGCUUGAAAACAUCAUCAUGCACCUGCCGCUACGCGACAUUCUGCUCUGUCAGCGCGUAGGCACCCAAUUUCGCAACCUGGUUCAAGGCUCCAGCACCAUCAAGAAGACUCUGUUUCUGGAACCGGCGACGAGCGAUAUGGCGGAGCUCUGCUUCGGAGUUCCAUCAAAUUUCAGGAACACGAUUGUUAAGCACGUUCGGAUAGAACAUUGGAAGACCUCGACAAAGGGCGAGAUCGUCUGGCCGCUCUUGAACCCGUUCCUGGUGUCACAAUUCGAGACGGAGAAACGCGCCUGGAAGUUCGCGGCUCUCGAUGUAUUAGCAUCUCCCCCCUUCGACGCCGAAGUUAGGCCCUUGAUGAAGCUUGAUAGCUCCUUCUUCGAUUCGCAUGAGUCACGCGCCGCAGACACGGAGGACUCUGGCGCCUCGACUGCACCGCAGCUGACAGCCAAGAGCCUGCCGCCAAUGCUAAUCACUCACCCGCCUUCCAGAAGUCUAACGGCGUGGGAGCGGCCAGAUAAUAUUGUGGAGGAUACAGCAGAUGAGUAUUCACGGGUGGGUGUACGAUUUGAUGCUUUACUCAAAGCUGCAAGCACCGAAAGGACCGCUGUCGAGAGAAUCUUUCUCCCGAGGGGAACGGACCUAGCUGGUGCUUACCAUUGGCGUGUCCUUCCGGAGAGCGCGCUUGACCGCGUCACUGGAUGGGAGAUGCUCGCUGUACUGAACAAGACGGAUCCGAAAGACAUGAGAGAAGAGAUUGAUCGCAUCAUCAAAGCUCUGAAGAAGUGGGACUAUGUUGUCGAUGGAAAAUCAGACGCAGAUGGACAGACGGAAACGUUCGCCUGGGAGGUGGAAGAUGUGGAGCAGGACAGCCUUUUCGAGACGGUCACUGUGGGCUCUGGUCCUUGGUAG